ACAACUUCCCACUGUAUAUAUAAACACCAGUUCCAAGAACUUACACUCUCUACUCUCCCCACCAUUGCCAUUUUUUCCUCUCUAUUUCAUUUUCACCUGAAAAGAGAAAAAUGCCUCAACCAUGCUCUCCCUAUGCUUCCAAAAUGCCAUUAUUUAUCUCAAAACAGACCUUUAGUUUCCUCUUCAUUCUCUUCAUUCUUGCUUUCUUCACCACCCUCCACCAUUAUUACUCCCAUCACCAAAACUCCCCAAAUCAAAGUUCCCAAAACACCCUUUUCUUCCUCAACACUUUCCUCUCUUCCGCCACAAACUACACACUCGCCACUUACCUCCGCCACCUCACCCUCCACCCCCACCUCGCUGGCACCACCCCCUCCCUUAACACAGCACUCUAUGUUAAAUCCCAUUUUGAAUCCUUAAACCUUCAAACCCACGUUACUAACUAUUCCGUUCUCCUCUCGUACCCUUUAUUCUCUUCAGUUACUCUCCAUUUUCCCAACGGUUCGGUUCUUUCUUUAACGUUGUCCGAACCGGGUUCGUCUCAAAACGGCGUUAUAAAACCGUAUCACGCGUAUUCGCCAUCUGGAUCGGCGUACGGCAAGCCGGUUUUCUUGAACUACGGGAGGGAAAAGGACUAUGUUGCGCUCAGUGCACAGGGGGUGAAGAUUAAUGGAUGUGUUGGGUUAGCGAGGAGGGGUGGUGGGUUGUCGAGGAAUGAGGUGGUGGAGAAGGCGGCGGCGCGUGGGGUGACGGCGGUGCUGAUGUUUACUGAUAGUGAAAGUGAGUAUGCAAGUGGGGUUGAGAGAGGGACAGUAAUGAGUGGGUUAGGGGACCCACUAAGUCCUGGAUGGGGGGCUGGGGGUGAGAAGUUGAGAUUAGAUGACCCGCGGGUGAUGAAAAGGUUUCCGAGUAUACCUUCAUUGCCUAUAUCAAUGGCGUCAGCUGAGAGUAUAUUGAAGUCACUUGAGGGAGCUGACAUGCCUUAUGAAUGGAGAAUGAGCAUGAAAUGUAGUUCAAGUGGAAGAGUUGGGCCCGGUCCGUUUGUGGUCAACUUUACGUACGAGGGGGAGAGAAAGAUGGCAACAGUUCAUAAUGUUUUUGCUGUCAUAAGGGGGUCAGAAGAGCCGGAUCGUUUUGUACUUCUUGGGAACCAUAGAGAUGCAUGGACUUAUGGAGCAGUUGACCCCAAUAGUGGAACUGCUGCCCUGCUUGACAUUGCUCGUCGAUAUGCUCUUCUCAUGCGUUUGGGUUGGAACCCUCGAAGAACAAUCAUUCUUUGCAGUUGGGACGCAGAAGAGUUUGGGAUGAUUGGAUCAACUGAGUGGGUUGAGCAGAAUCUUGUCAACCUUGGAUCUAAAUCUGUGGCCUAUCUAAAUGUGGAUUGUGCAGUUCAAGGCCCUGGUUUUUUUCCCAGUACAACCCCUCAGUUAGAUGAUCUGCUUACUGAGAUCACCAAGAAGGUUAAUGACCCUGACUCAGAGGGCAUGACUCUUUAUGAAAGAUGGACAACUGCUAAUAGAGGUAUCAGGAUUCAGAGACUUAGUGGAGUAGAUUCAGAUUUUGCUUCAUUUUUGCACCAUGCAGGUGUUCCUUCUGUUGAUUUGUACUACGGCAAAGAUUUUCCGGUAUAUCACACAGCAUUUGAUUCCUAUAGCUGGAUGGUGAACUUUGGAGAUCCGUUCUUUCAGCGGCAUGUGGCAGUGACUGGAGUUUGGGGUCUUCUUGCACUUCGCCUUGCUGAGGAUCCGAUUUUACCUUUUAAUUAUCUCACAUAUGCUGUUCAGCUGCAGGACUAUACCCAUAUUCUGAGUGACUUAUUGGAAGGAGGCAUCUCUUUGCAUCCUAUUACUGCUGCCAUUCAGGAACUUGCUGCUGCAGCUAUAGAAACUCUGGAAGAAGCAAAGAAACUGAAAGAUGAUGAAACCACCGACGAGCACGCUGGACUGAAGCAACGGAUGUUAAAUGAUCGGCUCAUGCUUGCUGAGAGGGGCUUUUUGGAUGCGGAAGGGCUUCAGGGAAAACCAUGGUUCAAGCAUAUGGUUUAUGGCCCUCGUAAUGACGGUGAAAGUGAGUUAGAUUUCUUUCCUGGAAUAGCCAAUGCAAUUUCUAGAUCCUCAGGACUGAACAGCAAAGAGCACAACGAAGCAAUUCAGCAUGAGAUCUGGAGAACUGCAAGGGCCAUUCAAAGAGCUGCUCAUGCUCUUAAAGGUGAACUUACCUGAAAGAAUAGUGACAAUGCUUAGAUUCUCAUAUCUUGUAAAGAGAACAUAAACAACAUGCUCACACCUGUACAUGUCUUUUCUUCUUUUUCUAGUUUGCAAUUAGAAUAUUAAAGUUAUAGAAUUCUUUCUUUUUUUCA